AUGUCUUCUCACCAUUCACCAUACGAUAAUAUCGAAACGGCAUCUCACUCAACCUUAGGUCAUUCAGAGCCUCAGGGCCAAAAACGAAAACACUCAACGUCUCAACCUGGCCGCGAAUAUGGAUUGAUGCGCGAUACAGGCGAACACGACGCCGCUCGAUUCGUAGGAAGCGGUAGUGGAAUUCACUAUAUUCGUGCUGUUCAUCUUCGCCUUGCCAAGAGAUCUGCAUCAAGAACUACAGAACCUGGGUCGUCGACUAUAAAUACGCUUAUUCCCGGUGAAGACGACCAACUUCGUCAGGAUGCUUCGAUAAGAAGAAAUCGAGAGCAUUUUCUUUGGAGAGAUGAUGAAGUUUGUGAUAAUGCAGUGGAAGGGCCGAGUUUUGAGGACUUUGUUGAGUGGUCGAAGAGUUAUUUUGAGGCGUGGCAUCCUGUUCUCCCGUUUCUUCAUGGACCGGAAGUUCUUGGGUUAUUUGAGGAAGUUUCUAAAAAUGGGAUUUCAUCUCUCAACUCUAUUGACGGGGUUAUCCUCAAGUCUGUUCUUUCGAUAUCUUUGGCGGAUAGUCGGCAGGCUAAUGCUUUUCAAAAACCGAUUCCGAAGAUAUUUCUCUUCAACAGCGUGGACGAUGCGUUAGCGAGUUCACAAUUCGCCUUGAGCCAACCUGCAUCGAUACGUUCAACACAAGCAGCUUUAGCUAUCCAACUCUUCCUCACUUCGAUGCUUUGUUUGAAUGCUGCGUCGAGAUUAGGCGGACUCAUCGUUCGUACAGCAUUUCACAUGGGCCUUCAUCGAUGCCCAGCACGAUAUCCCUUCUUCACAGAUAAGGAAGUCUCAGUUCGAAGACGAGUCUUCUGGUGCAUCUACAUCCUGGAAAGGCUUCUCUGCCAGUCUCUUGGACUACCUCUCGACAUUCAGGACGAUGACUUGGAUGUCUGUUAUCCAGGCGAAGAGCGUCAUACAAUAACGAACAGAGAAGAAAAUGCGGAAAGAUUACAGCUCCUUACGUUCGUGGCGAAGCAUGCUCGGAUACGUGGACUUAUUCUUGAGCUCAGGAAUAAAUCCAUGCUACAACGACAGGAUACUGCGGAUCGAGCAGCUUUCGUCCAGGCUGAGUUGGCGAAAUGGUUCAAUGAGAUACAAGACGCGGUAGAAGAGGACGAUUUAGCCGAUAUGAGCUCAACUACUCCAGCAAUAUCUGAACAUCACAAAGUCAUGCUCUUAGUUCUGAAGCAUGAAUCGGCAAUAUGCUUGAACAGGCCUGGCCUCGCCUCCGAACAUCCAUCUUCAUCAUACUCAUCCGCCUUCCAAGCAUGCAUAUCAGCUGCAAAAUCCAUCCUGAUAAUACUGAAGAAGCAUCGCAAUCGGCAUCAGUUGCAACUCGACUCAAGUAGUGCGAGGUCACAGGCACCCUUGCUAUGGCCUUCUUUCACGUGGUCUAUCUGGAUCAGUGCAUUCGUUCUCAUCCACGCUGCCUUUGAAAAGCAGGUCCAUCUAGGAAGUGCAAUGAGACAUGUUGCUGCGGCGAAGGAUAUCCUAGGUCAUCUAGCUGCGCGAGACACAUCGUGGCCUGAAUACUGCCUUGGGGCCAUUGACGAACUGACUUCUACAGUUCAAGAGCUCUCUCAAGAGCGUCCAACGAUGAUUGAAUCUCCGGUAGAUGCGAUCAUCACAACACGCAGUUUCUCGCCUAGUGUCGGAAACCAAGUACGGGGUGGUGAAAAUACUACUCCUACAAGACCUCCGAGACAACAUAAUGCUCAAUCUCAGGGUAUUGAAACAAGAGACAGCCCGACUUCUAUUCCCCCAAACACGUCUUCCAACACCCAAAACUUCCAAGGGUUAUCCUCCACUCAGCCCUUCAGACCGCAACAAAAUAAGCGACCACGGACGACGUAUCAUUCUACGGGUAUAGUAUCUCAAGACAUACCUUACUCCCAGCCACACAAUUCCCAAGUCCCAUAUUCGAAUGACUUUCUCUCCACGCCAAAUACAUCACUGAAUCCAGAAGGGCCGCCUGGGCUGAGUAUGGAUAACAUACCACUUGAAGGCCAUGAAUCAAUGAUGUGGUAUGAUCAGCUGUUUGCGAGUUCAUUCAGCGCUAUCGACAACCCCUUUCUUGUAAACGCGGAGUUUGACGCUUCUGUUGAUCCAACUUGGAAUUAUUUACGAUAG